AUAUGGCCUCUAUAACAAAAAAUAAAGUUGAUGUCUGAGGACGACAGAUGAAAAAUCGUAUCGGAAUUCUAAACAUGCCGAUAAUAAAUCCAUGUCAAUCCAUUUUUAUCUUAAUGUCCCAUCUUGAUUCCACUAAACAACGACUUUUUUCCAGCUCUACCAGAAGAGGGUCCCAAAAUAACUGGCGGAAAACCCAGGUACCAGGUGGGAGACACUGUGAAGGUCAACUGCACAUCAGGCAGGUCAAAACCUGCUGCUCAACUGAAUUGGAUGAUCAAUGGAGAGCCAGCGGACCCUAAGUUUCUCAAGGGACCUGAGAUUAUCGUCACUGGUCGAGAAGGUUUGGAAACCUCCAUCCUAGGCCUGGAGUUCGUAGUGCGACACAAGCAUUUCAAACGUGGCAACAUGAAGUUGAAGUGUCUGGCCACAAUAGCCACACUGUAUCUGGUCAGCAACGAAGAAAGUGUUGAAGGGGAACGGCCACAAAAGGCUAGUGUUCUAGAAAGUCGCGGUACUGCAGCACCCAGUGGUUCCAGGGCAGACAGGGUGCAAGCCGCUUCAAGUGAGACCUGCUUGGUGCCCCUUCCAACAGCGCUUAUGCUCCUUUGUCAUCUUCUCGCUUGGACGAUGACGUCAUCAGCUAUGUCACCGAGCUAAGAUAACGUACGACACAACGCCAACUAAGGCAAAACCAAAGAAGCCAAAGACUUUUUUAACAUAGAAGUGAGUGAUGGUUGAUUAUGAUGUGAAAUAGCUGUAGAAUUCUUCAGAAUUCCAUAUCUUCCAGAGAAUAUUUUAGUUUUUGAAAACAUAUUUGUAUAUUUCAUUCAAAAUCCAAAGUUAUGUGAUACCGUAGCAUACUAACUUCAAUGAACAUUCAAUCUAUGUCAGCAAUCAUAAUAGGUCAUAUUUUAACGACAUAUUCAAUAACUGUCCUCUACUGGCAUCUGUUCGUAAGCACAUUAAGUCAUUUCUAGACCAACCAUCUCUACUGGACAGAUAAAGGCAAUUUGGCAUAUGGUUUCAUUUUGUUCCACAACUUCUGAAGAAUUCUCUAUUAUCAUUAUUAUCGCUUUGUACAUUCCCCCUUUUAAACUAGAAUUACCCUAGUGUGUGUAAAAUUUGGUGCAGUGCUCCAGAUUUUUUUUUAUUUCGGAAAAUCGUGUUGGUCUGGAUUUAGAGUAAUGGGUAACUUACAGUUUUCCUCUAUUUAACGAUAUUUGACACGGAAAAAUUGUGGUGGUUCCUGGAACAGCUUUACAGCUGAAGUGCGUUUCCUAGUAUUAAGAAAAAUUCGGUAGAGGACUUUUACAUCAACAGAGUUUGAGUCAAAUCCCAUAUCUGAGAGUAUACUGGUUGGCUGUUGUUUAAAGUCAAUUCUCUUAAAUAAAAAUAAAUAUUCCAACAGCGCAGUUGUUGAUAUCCUUUUAGUUGUUUUUCACAUACCAGAAUUAACUAGGAUACAGGCGUCUUAAAAUAUCUUUCCGCUAAAUAUCACAAAUUACUCCCAUAAGAGACUUUAACCAUUAUGUAUAGAAACUGUGUAAUUACUUGUAAGGUAAAUGCCUUGAGCCGACCUGACAGCAUUACACAUAAUAAACGAAGGAAUUUCCUGGAACGAGUUAAGUAACUGCACAUCGUUAUGGUUCACAACUUAGUACAGGAAGCUUUGACAACAACUUGUGAUCUUUCUUCAGGAUACUUAUGUUUCUGAUCUAUUAACGAAGAUCUAAGUGGCAAAGUGAAAAAUCCAUGUGUUCAGCAGAUGCCAGAGAUUUCUUGAAAACUACCAAGGUGAUCCCAGAACCAGGGCCAAGAACCCCAAACUGGAUUGUGGAUAUCUCUGCUACUGAAAUUCUUCUCACUCGAGUGAAAAUAAAGAUAUUGAAAUGUCGCACGUUCGUUUAACCCAUAUUUUUUAGAUCGGCCAGCUAUAUCUUGGUCAGAUAUAACCAAGACCAAGCUUGAGCAAGAAGGUACAGUCAAAGGUAUCAAUAAUAUAAAGCGUAAACAUGACAGUCUAACGAUGCUUCGAAGAAGCCUCAAAACGCAUCACAGCCUACUACUUCAAUUAUAAAACUUUGUGCAUUUUCGGCAAUGUCCAAGCUGGAAUAUACCAGGUAUGAUCCAAAGGCCCUGCACUACAUACGCAACAGCUGUAACAGAGCGCUUGGAGACUGUAUUGAUUAAGUUGAAGGGUCUCCAGGAUCUCUGAAUCGUCCCUAAUAUGCGCUAAUAUGGCCGUUAUAAUUAACUGCCGACAUCCUACACUCCUACAAUUAUAUACUGAAGUGUCACAGGCACUUCACCAUUGUUCAGUUCAAUACAGUUAUCUUAACGUUUGUUGCUGUCCCUAUAGAUUAAUUUAUACGAUUUUGUGAUUUUGAUAUCACAAAGAACAUUUGAAUUCUGGAUACUUCUAUGUAAUCUACAAGGCAAGUUUGCGUAAUAGCGAAUUUUUCUAUUUAUUGAAGGGUGUCAUUGCUUCUCAUCCUAAGAAGCGGUAUGCAAUGAAAUUAGACAGCACAAACUGUAAAGCUGUCUGUUCCCAGUUCGAAUUGUCAGUCGGAUCAACACUGUGGCCGCUAGAUGCCGUAGAUUCUGGUGCUAUAGUAGUUACGGGCUACUCACCAUUGAAGAAACUAGUAAUUUAGCUUUCUAUUGUCCGACCACAGACGGCCAACCAUCGACUGGUGUUUUGCACAUGGUGUAAGUAAGCUAGGUGGAAAACGAACGAUAGCUGAGCAACUCUGACUAGAGUAGAGUUGUUCAGCCCCAAGCUUGCACCAUGCUGAUGGCACGAAACAGCUAUCCGUGGUUGACAUUCUAUAGACGGACGAAUUGAAGAUAUAUUACUAAACGGUAUGCAGUCCCCACUUUCAUGCCUCAUAGUUGAACACAGUCUAAAGUUCCGUUUCGUUUUUCUAUAUAGUGCAGGACUACGUCGCAAGGUAAAGGCGCAACAUGUAGCAUACGGCAUUGACGCAUGCGGCACACUGUCUUUCCAUAGAGGCAACACAAAGCGACAAAAAAAAUGUCUCCUUGCCGCAUGCCACAAUUUGCCCGUUGUUGCCAAUCGAGGGCGCCGUCAGCGACAUGAAUCCACGUGUUGAUCAGUGUCGCCGGCGUUCGGAUCGGUGCGGCUUGUAGCAGGCGACAAAAUGCAGUGGACCAAUAAAGAAACAUUAUAUUUAAUUGAAGAUUACCAUAAUUCGGAUGAAUUAUUGAAUAACAAAUCGGAGAGGUUUGAAAAGGCAAGACUAAAGCAGGAUAAAUUACAGGAGGCAAAAAUAGUUGGUGGCUACGGCCACUUGCUAGUGUACAGUACCUUCAGUCUUUUAGACAUAUACGAUUGUCUGCUUCCUGUCCAGCUGUCUCCUUGACUUACCGUAGUAGACGAGCAGACCUAUAUCGCACUGAUGAGGUCUAAUGAGCCCGAAACAGUACUAUCUGCAGUUGGUUAUGGUUUCAGGGGGACAAGAAGGAAACAUCUUCUAAUUUUCUUUCCAUAGUUGGCUUAUUUAUUAACGGUUGAUUUCUUUAAAUAGGAAAGUACAACUAUUCGGUAUUGGAAAUUGCUUGGUUCAGAUAUCGGAAGCAGAUACAAAAGCGAUAGAUAACUUUCACCCGUAGCCAAAUAUCUUAAUAUCACUAGCAGUCUCACGCGGGGCGUUGUUGCUUCCCGAAAGUUGGUAUCACAUUUUUAGCAUAGGUAAGAUUAGAUAAGUAAGUAGUGAAAAUUGUCUUUACUCAUCCGUGUGAAAUUUCGGAAUAAAGCAUCAUGGUCAGCCACUAAGUUGUUGUACAAAUUGUACUGAAUUUCUUGACCAUCUACGUAAAUAUUUCUUCUUCAAUAUUCAGCCGUUUUUAUUUUUCUUUUCCGAUCCAAAGAAAUUGAAUCGUAAAAACGCAUGCUACACUCAUGUACGACAACGCGCAUGCCACAUAGGAGAACAAAAUCCGCAUGCGGCAUUAAUAGAAUUUUGGGCAACACUGUUGAACGUCAACAAGAGGCAACACUAGGAAACAAGUAGCAUGCCACAUAUCGUUCAUUGUUGUCCCAGUGGAAUUGCGCCUUAAGAUAGAUCCGCAUCGACUCUUUGAUAUACAGAAAGUAAGCAAAAAAAUGUAGUCUCAUAAAAACUAGUAAGCAUUCGUUGGGAGAUUAUAUUGGAUUCAUGAAUUGACAAUGAUCACUUCAAACUACCACGCUCGGCAUUGACUCGCAUAUUAUCUAGGGUUACUGAUGGAAUAAUUAUAAAACUAAGCUCUGACUUUAGAGAUUAAAUUAUUAGAGAGAUAUUGACGGACAAACACAACUAUACGUUUUUACCAUCAUUUACCGUUUAGCUAGAUUAUACUGUUUGUACGGGAAGUGCUAAGAAUGGAACAAGUAAAUCUAGAAGAGAGACAAACAGAAAAAUAAGUCGCAUCAACCCUGGAGACAUGGCCAAUUAUGAAAAAUCUUGCAAAAAUAUAAACUCCUGGUAUGCAGGGUUGAUCUACUCGACAAGAAUGCACCAGCAGAAAAAAGCCUCGCAGCUGUGGCCUAAGUCUAAAAUACUUAGAAACGGUAAUAAAUUGUAUGUUGAUGAUGGUUUCUGAAAGCUUAUGCUGUGCUGUUUAUAUUUCUUCGCCCCAAUUACAAAAUCGAUAGAUCACAAUUCCUCCAUUCCAUGGCUAGUGAUUAAAAUACUGGACACAUAAGUACUAUACUUUUUAUAUUUAUUAAGCAAUGCGUCUAAUGCCAACAUAAAUUUGAUGUACGAUCUUGGUAUAGUGUGACGGUAACUCACUCUAAAAUGUAUACUUAGGAGAAUGAAACUCUUUGCCAUGAGCUCAGGCUGGUUAAAUUGCAAAUACUAAAUCAAAUAAUGCAAGUAAAAGUUCUUUUGUUUUUUGUGCCACUAAUGUUGAUUACCUAAAAAUAUUUUACUACUAGUGUUGCAUUACUGGUAAAUCCUAAACGCCUUGACACCUUGCAAGCUCCAUGCCUGCUCGCAGACCAUAAGGAAGCCAAUAUAUAAAUAUACAUACAUACGUAUUUGACAAUCUUCGCUAAUGUAGAUCACGCAGGUUUGAACAGGUUACAACUUGUACGCGCCACCGCUAUCGUCCUCGACGCGUAAGCAUUGUUUGUUAAGUUUGAUUUUGACUACUUGUGAUAGCGGUACGGCCUAGCGUGCGUUCAUUGUUUACUAUUUAUUCAUUGUGUAUUAAGUAUAGUAUCUAGUAAUGUCAUCACAAACUCAGAAGCGAAAGCACAAAACAUUGACAAUUAAAGGAAAAUUUGAUAUUUUAGACCGCUUAAAUCCCAAUGAAACCUUCAGUAGUUUAGCAAGUGAAUACGGCGUAGGCCGAUCUAUAAUUUAUGACAUUAAAAGAAACCACAAGAAGAUCAAGAAGUUCGUGUCAACUACUGACUGCGGGCCAGGCAAGAGACAGACACCCAAGGAAGCUGAACAUCCAGAAGUGGAAGAAGCUUUGUACAUGUGGUUUCUUCAGGAAAGAAAUAGGCAUACACCAAUUCCAGGACCAAUGUUGGCCAUUAAAGCUAAGUUUUUUAUAAGGAAAUAAGAAAAAAAGAUGAUUUUGUGGCCAGCAAAGGAUGGCUAGAAAGUUUUAAAAGUCGUCAUGGCAUACGUUUAAUGACUAUUACAGGAGAGAAACUUUCUAACGAUGCUACCUGUAUAGAGCCCUUUAAAUUAAGAUUUUUGCAAAAG